AUGUCUUUACUGGCAAAAUAUUGUGUCGCCUAUGUUACCUCUCCGAUCAGAAUAGCUGAAAGCAUUGCAAAAGCUUUAUUGACACAGAAAUUAGUCGCUUGUGUGAACAUUGUUCCUCAAGUCAAAUCCAUGUAUUGGUGGGAGGGACAAAUUUGCUCCGAUGAAGAAGCAUUGUUGAUCAUCAAAACGAGAAAAGAUUUACAACAACAAGUGAUUGAAUGUGUAAUAAAGAAUCAUGAAUACUCGGUUCCUGAAGUGAUUUUCAUGGACAUCUCGGAAGGGAAUCAAGAUUAUUUGAAAUGGAUUGAUCAAUCCACAACCAAUGACACUCUAAGCAAUAAUUAA